AGCAUGAAGACAGGGCGAGCCACCUCAUUGGCUCCCGGGAGAAAGGGGCGGGGCUCCACGCGCCUUCAGGAAUCCUCUCACGUGAGAAGUGAUCAGGAAGCGGGACCCAGUGGCAGAGUCUCGCAGCAGAGGCAGCGCAAGAGAACGGGGACGCAGGUGGCCUCAAGGACAGUCAGAGGACGGAAGACGUGGAAACGGCUGAGCGAGGAGUCAGUCGCAGCGCUGGAGAGCAUGCUCACUGUGUCUGUGCUGUCUGUGCUGACAAUGAAACGAAAGGACAGGGAAGAAUGUCAGAGGCAUCUCAAUGUUCUGAAGGACAGGUUCAUGGCGAACUGCGCCAACCUGGUGGCCCCCCCCAGGAAGCCGGGUUCCCUCCAGCAGAGCUCCCGCCUCCACCAGGAGGAGAGCAGGAAGUCCGAGACGGGUAGGAGGAGCCUGGAGGCCCUAGAGGCGGAGGUGGGCGCUGUGCUGCAACUCCUGGAACACACAGAGGGCAGGCUGGAGACCCUGGAGCAAGAAAGCAAAAGCCUGAGAAGCAAACUGGAGCAGCAGGAGGAGCAAGAGAGUGUGCAGCAGGUGCUGCGGCAAGCUGACCAGGGGGUCCUGCACCUGCCUCAGCUGCCUGCAGGAAGUGGACAAGAGCGCCCCCUACAGGAGCAGAUGGCCAACAUGGUGCCGGAGCCCGGUGCGGCUGCUUGCCUGGGGAGGGCGCUCUGCGGCUCCGCAGAGGUGCAGGAGGUGCUGCUGUUCCUGGAGAGGGGACACGAGCAGGCGGACCGACUGCUGAGGAGCCCAGCACCAAGCCCCGCCCACAGCGGCUCCCCCCGGGAACACGGCGGGUCCGAGUAGCGAUGCCACAGUGUUACCAUGGAGAUACGAUGCUGAUACCGUGGCGAUGGGGGGGAGAGGGGGACAAGCUGUGGACUUCGUCAUAAUCGUCUUCUCCCCUCCGAUUGCAAUGUUCAAUCUCAUUAAUAAAGAUGAGCUGUGAAUAUUUA